UCAACUGUCAAUGUCAUCAUUGAUUAUUUUACACAUUUGAUCGAUUCCGAUAUAUUUUUGCUAUUUUAUCCGCUUUUGUGGCAAUUUUCUAAGCAAAAGGUAUGGUAAACCUGGCUGAUGCGCUAAUGAUUAAUACGGUGACAGAUGGGGCUAUGAAUUUCUUACGCAAUAUCGGUGUUUUCAAGGCGAAAUCAGUCAACCAAGUACCAGCUCCAAUAAUUGUUAAAAUGCCACUAUGGGAACUCGCUCAAGAGGCAGGGCCUUUUGUGAGGCUGGCGGGGCUGAGCGGCGCCGCUGCAGUGGUGCUCGGCGCCAUGGGCGCCCACCGAACAUUCCCCGAAACAGACACAAAGGAAGACCUUAGAAAAAUAUUUGAUACAGCUAAUAGAUUUCACUUCCUUCACACGCUCGCCUUGAUGACUGUACCACUCUGCAGACGACCUUAUGUUGCUGGUGCUUUCUUCGUAGCUGGUAUGGGCUUGUUCUGCGGCACUUGUUACUACCAUGCGUUCACGGGAGACAAAUGCUUCCGGCGACUCACCCCCAUCGGUGGAUCUUGUCUCAUUUUAGGCUGGAUAGCUAUGGUACUGUGAGCAGUAGCUAUCAUAGUCAUUUAUAUCUAUGUGGUUGUCUUGUAAUGUCAAAUUAAGCUAUUUUAGUGUAGGAUAAUAGUGAAUUUAAUUCAUUAGACUUCUAUGUAUGUUCUAUGAAUAUUUUUAAACUACAAUUCCAUUGAUGAAAUAAGAUUUUAUUUACAGACAAAUGUUUCUUUCUAUGGUAGGUACAUAUUUCAUAAUAUUAUUUAUAUGGUAAUUUGGUAAUUUAUAGGCAUAGACAAAUAAUUUAUUGCACAUGUAUUAUCAUCAUUACAUGCUAAACUUAUGAGUACAGAAUUAAAUUUACUCAUGUAAUGUGUCAAGUUAGUUUAUAAUUUAUGGGAUUAUAUUAUAAAAUCAA